AUGGGAAGCGCAGUGCAGUCGAAAGGAUCACUGCGCGUAGCAGUAACGCAGCAUGAACCGGUAUGGCUUGACUUACAUGGCACUGUAGAUAAGACAUGCAGGAUCAUACGUGAAGCUGCCGAAGCAGAGGCCAAGCUGGUCGUAUUUCCCGAGUGCUGGAUUCCGGGAUAUCCAGCAUGGAUCUGGAGCAGACCUGUAGACUUCGAUCUGGGGACAAAAUAUGUCGAGCAGAGUCUCGCUGUCGACGGUCCGGAAAUGAAGCAGAUCCAACAAGCAGCAGCCGAGCAUGCAAUUGCUGUAGGGCUUGGCUUCACUGAACGCGAUGGGGACUCGGUCUACAUAGCACAAGCACUAAUUGACGGGAAGGGCGGGAUCCAAAUGAAGCGGAGGAAGAUGAAGCCCACGCAUAUGGAGCGCACCAUAUUCGGCGAUGCUUCAGGGUCAUGUCUGGCUGGGGUUGUGAAGCUGGAAGAUGGACCUACAGUCGGCAGUCUUUCAUGCUGGGAGCAUAUUCAACCAUUGCUGAAGUAUUACACCAUGUCGCAAAACGAACAGGUCCACAUCGCUGCUUGGCCACCGUUGGAUCCAUUUGUGCAAGGCUCUCCAGGAUUCUGGUCGAUGUCUGCUGAAGGCUGUCGUAACCUGUCUCAGACGUAUGCUGCGGAAGCUCAGGCGUUUGUACUGCACUGCACGAGCGUACUAUCACAAUCAGGGAUCGAUGCGAUGAAGACUGGUGGUGGUCCGAUUAUGGGUCAGCCAAUUGCUGGAAGCUCUGCAAUCAUAGGCCCGGAUGGUCGAGUGUUAAGCGCUGCAGAUACGGCGGAUGAGAAGCUGAUCAUCGCCGAUCUGAAGCUUUCUGAUGUUGUGAAGACCAAGACGUUUGCGGACGCUGGUGGGCAUUAUAGCAGACCAGACAUGUUAUGGCUGGGAGCUGACCCCACGAUCAAACCUGUGGUCCGAUUUGCUUAA